AUAAUCUCUCCGCUACUAAAUAAGAGGUCAAGAGCUCCUCUGUUCUCCCUUUCACACCCUUCCCAACCCCACAUCCAUACGCCCCCGCACAUACGCAUUGUUUCUCUGGCGAAUUCCCAGGAGAAAGAAAGAAAGCAGCAAUUCCUAGAGGCAGCAACAGCUCUGGUUGCUUGCUUCUGCUGCUGAAGUUUGGUGGUGGUGAUGGUUUCGUGGUGAUGGGUAUCGGCAGAACCCUUCAUUUCCCUCCUCUUUCGCUCGAUUCCAUGGUGGUUAUCCCAAAUGGUACUCUUCUCUGAGAAUCCCCUGUUGGGUCUUUGUUUUAUUGGGUCCCUUUUUCGGGUUUUGAUGUCUUGGUAGGUUUUGAGUUUUCUUUUUUUCGGGGUGGGUAUUGGGGGUGGGGGCAGAAUUAGGGCAAGAAAGCGUUUGACUUUUGAUGGAUUUGAUGUUACUGAUUCAGUGUUUCAGGCCUUUGUUUGGGGGAUUUCAGGAGAUUCUUGGGCUAGGAUUAGAUAUAGUGUUCCUUUAGCAGACUUUCCAAUCCAAUCUCUCUCUCUCUCUCCCUCUCUCCCUGUCUCUAGGUAGAGGUUGAAGAGAUUUUUGUAAUACCUUCAAAAAAUUUUAACUUUUCUCUCGGGAAAUUAUUGGUUUUUUGUUUGUCAGAUUUUUUUAUGUGGGAAUAUUGGUUAUCUGUUGGAUAAGAGUCUAGAGUAUAGUAUAAGAUUGAGCGGGGGAAUUAUUCUGGGUAUUGGUUUUUGAAGAAGGUGGUUGUACACGGUUAGGUUGUUUGAAUUUUGUUUGAGCUGCGACCAUGGAGCUUUUUAAAUCGUGCCCGACUGCAAGAAAACCCACAAACGAAAAGGACUGAAAUGGGAGAUUCUUCUCUCCUCACAACCUUAUCAAUGGAAAGUCAUCACCCAUCCACUCUGUUGUCCAUGGAUUCAAGCUCCUCCUCCCACGACGAAUCCGUUUUGGAGAUGAAUCGCCAAAUGAUUCUGCGUCCACCAGACAUUAAUCUACCCCUGUCCGUUGAACGGAGCCCACCUCCCCAGUCCUGGAAUCCCGACCCUUGCGAUAUCCUUGAUGUCGGCCUUGGUCCCCAAGUUUACGAGACAGAGAGCUUGCUCAAUAUUCCUAAAGGCGGACGGAAAUGUGUGAAGCGGGUGGAUAGUAUUUGGGGUGCUUGGUUUUUCUUUAGCUUUUAUUUUAAGCCGGUGUUGAAUGAUAAAUCCAAGGCAAAGAUUGUGAGGGACAGCAACGGAGUAUCGGGAUUCGAUAAAUCUGAUCUCAAGCUUGACAUAUUCAUGGUUCAGCAUGACAUGGAGAACAUGUACAUGUGGGCAUUCAAGGAGAGGCCCGACAAUGCAUUGGGCAAGAUGCAGCUGAGGAGUUAUAUGAACGGGCAUUCUCGACAAGGUGAGCGUCCCUUUCCCUUCAGCGUAGAUAAGGGUUUUGUUAGAUCUCAUAGGAUGCAGCGGAAGCAUUACAGGGGUCUCUCUAAUCCGCAGUGUAUCCAUGGGAUUGAGGUUGUUCCCUCACCCAAUCUCAGGGGUCUUGAUGAGGAAGAGCACAGGCGUUGGAUGGAACUCACAGGCAGGGAGUUGAAUUUCUCUAUUCCACCUGAAGCGAGUGAUUUUAGUUCUUGGAGAAAUCUACCCAAUAUUGAUUUCGAGCUUGAAAGGCCUCCUCCACCAGUUAAGUGUGCCUCCAAUUCCCAGUCCAAGAAGCUGCUUAAUGGGUCUGGACUGAAUUUGUCUACUCAACCAUCAAGCAAUGGUAAUGUGGAUAGUAUGGAUUUGUCACCCGUAAGCAGCAAGAAGAGGAAAGACUUUUUCUCUCAUGGACUUGAGGAGGAUCCAUUUUUGACUGUUAAUCCUCUCUCGGAUCGGACUAUUGAUAUGGAUCUCCACCUGAGUGAACCACAAUGGUUAAAUGAAUUCAGUGGGAUCAUGAAGAAUGUUUAUGGGCCUGUUACAGCUGCAAAAACAAUUUACGAGGAUGAGGAGGGUUAUCUGAUAAUUAUAAGUUUGCCUUUUGUGGAUCUUCAGAAGGUUAAGGUUUCUUGGAGGAAUACUCCCACUCAUGGGAUCAUCAAGAUAUCUGGAGUUAGCACAUCUCGAACACCAUUCAUCCGGAGGAGCGACAGGACAUUCAAACUUACAGAUCCAUCCCCAGAGCAUUGCCCUUCUGGGGAAUUUGUGAGGGAGAUUCCGUUAUCAACUCGAAUUCCCGAAGAUGCCAAUAUAGAAGCCUACUACAAUGAGCAGGGUUCAUUGCUAGAAAUCAUGGUGCCCAAACUCCGCGCUGGCCCAGAAGAGCACGAGGUCCGUGUUUGCCUUCGCCCUCAUCUUGGAGGCAGCGAUCUCAUUCUGACCUAAGAGUUUCUUUUUGUGGAAUUUGGAAGGGUUGUUGAUAGCUGUUCUUGGUGCAUCAUUUGUUUACUAACAUUGUACCACAGCAUAGUCUAUGAAAGGAAAUUUGCGUUUCA